AGGGUUUUUGAUGCUGGAACGUGGAGCCAGACCUGGCCGCUCUGUGGUGUCGCGCCUUUCUACUCAGGGUAUUAGGAAGUUUUCCAUUGCUCCACAGAGCUGUGGUCAGCGACUAGCUGCUGGUGCCGGGGCUGAGCGGAUUCCUGCGGCGGCACGAUUCUCUGACGUUUCCCCUUCUAAUUGGCCGGGAGCUGCGGCUCUAGUUCCGAAGCCUAACUGGCCGGCCUCACCGCCUCGGAGGUGAAGUGUACUGCGCUGAUUGGCUGUGAGGCGCCGGCCGCGUGUGAUGUCCCGAGCAGCGAUUGGCUCUGGCCCGCUGGGUGCUUCUCUUGCCGGGACUCGGGACUCCCGGGAAGUGGACUGGUAGAGGAGGGGGCGAGCUAGCUGUCGCUCCUAAGUCGGAGACUCCGGCGUUAGGCGGCCUCUCAGGGCCGGGUGGGCUGGCGAGCCGACGCGGCGGCGGCGGCGGCGGCGGCGGCGGAGGCUGUGAAGAGUGCGGGGGUCAGGGGCCCGCACAGAGAGACGAUGGCCCCGCAGAGCCUGGGCACGUUCUGCCUGUUGCUGCUGUACCUCAUCGGGGCCGUGAUCGCCGGGCGAGAUUUCUAUAAGAUCUUAGGGGUGCCUCGCAGUGCCUCUAUAAAGGAUAUUAAAAAGGCCUACAGGAAACUAGCCCUGCAGCUUCAUCCUGACCGGAAUCCUGAUGAUCCUCGAGCGCAGGAGAAAUUCCAGGAUCUGGGUGCUGCUUAUGAGGUUCUGUCAGAUAGUGAGAAACGGAAACAAUAUGAUACUUACGGUGAAGAAGGAUUAAAAGAUGGGCAUCAGAGCUCCCAUGGAGACAUUUUUUCACACUUCUUUGGAGAUUUUGGUUUCAUGUUUGGAGGAACCCCUCGUCAGCAAGACAGAAAUAUUCCAAGAGGAAGUGAUAUUAUUGUAGAUCUAGAAGUCACUUUGGAAGAAGUAUAUGCAGGAAAUUUUGUAGAAGUGGUUAGAAACAAACCCGUGGCAAGGCAGGCCCCUGGCAAACGGAAGUGCAACUGCAGGCAGGAGAUGCGGACUACCCAGCUGGGCCCCGGGCGCUUCCAGAUGACCCAGGAGGUGGUCUGCGACGAGUGCCCGAAUGUCAAACUAGUGAAUGAAGAACGAACACUGGAGGUCGAAAUUGAACCUGGGGUGAGAGAUGGCAUGGAGUACCCCUUUAUUGGAGAAGGUGAGCCUCACGUGGAUGGAGAGCCAGGAGACUUACGGUUCCGAAUCAAAGUUGUCAAGCACCCAAUAUUUGAAAGGCGAGGAGAUGACUUAUACACAAACGUGACAGUCUCCCUCGUGGAAUCUCUGGUGGGCUUCGAUAUGGAUAUUGCUCACUUGGAUGGUCACAAGGUACAUAUUUCCCGGGAUAAGAUCACCAGACCGGGAGCCAAGCUAUGGAAGAAAGGGGAAGGGCUCCCCAACUUCGACAACAACAACAUCAAGGGCUCUUUGAUAAUCACUUUCGAUGUGGAUUUUCCAAAAGAACAGUUAUCAGAGGAAGCAAGAGAAGGUAUCAAACAGCUGCUGAAACAAGGAUCAGUGCAGAAGGUAUACAAUGGACUGCAAGGAUAUUAAGAGUGAAUAAAAUUGGACUUUGUUUUAAAAUAAGUGAAUCAGCGAUAUUUAUUAUCUGCAGGGGGGUUCUUUUUGUGUGUUUUUGUUUUCAUUUUUAACAUGCAAGUUUGGUUUAAUUUUGUUUUCUUCUAAUGAUCGUCAUGAAAUGAAUAAGAGGGCUUAAGAAUUUGUCCAUUCGUGUUGAGAAAAGAAUGACCAGCAAAAGGUUUAAUAAUACCUCUCCCUUUGGGGAUUUAUGUCUGGUGCUGCCGCCUGAGUUUCAAGAAUUAAAGCUGCAAGAGGACUCCAGGAGCAAAAGACACAAUAUAAAGGGUUGGAGUUAAUUGUUAGCUAUUUCAUUCGAAAUGCCAACUGGAGAAGUCUGUUUUUAAAUACAAUUUUGUUGUUAAUUUUUUCUUGA